AUGAGUGUUUCUUCCGGUAGGGAGACAUCCUGCAAUCAUGUACUACAAAUUGAAUCAAAAGAGGCAGUCGCUUCAUCCCGCCACAAGAGAUCAUAUGGGGGCGUACUAGAAGUCAAAUCAAGCGAUGUGUCAGCGCAGGAUUUUCACUCAAUCAAAUGCCGCAAAGUGGGGACUAUGUCUCAUCGAACACCACCUGAUUCAAGGUUGGAUGAUCAACAAUUUAUCGAUCACCUCAUGAAUAACGCUGGAUUAGCCGACUCAACAGGAAGAUACGCAGACGCUGUAGCAUUAUAUCUGCAACUCCUGGAUUUGUACUCCGCCAACAUGAUAAAAUGUGAAAGCAAAAACGGUCUGACCAACAGAGGUCCUCAUUCAGGGUGGAUUCUGUCUUGUUUCAAUCUAACCCGGUGUUACUUGAAGUUAAAUCAUCCGCAAGCGGCCUCCGAUAUCCUUCAACAAGCCUGGAACCCAGAAUCAAGUCGAGCCAUACCUGCGACACAUCCAAAGUAUCUGGAACUAUCCCAUUUGUACUUCGAGAUUGAGGAUAGGUUACAAAAUUCUUCUACUACUGAUAAAUACCUUUAUAGGCAAACCAGUAACAAAGAAAAGUGUGACACCACGUUUUGCAGACAUCGAGCCCAGAAACGAAGGGAACCAACUCUGUACGAAUGGCUUGCUCUGACCCCGAUGGCUAUGCCUGCCAAGAUCAAGAGUCACUGGAAGUCUUGCAUGUUGUAUUUUCAUCCAGAUAAGGGUGGACAUACUGGCGUAGCACAACAGAUAACGGCGGCUGCUACAGUGUUACUUGAUCCAGAGAGUCGUCGCCGAUACGAUUUAAAGAUUAAUGCUUGA